GGCAAUGACAGAGACCAGAAGCAGCCGAACUUCUUUCCUGCCUUGGGUGACUCGCCAGCUUCUCGGAAUCGGUUCGUUGCAGCCCUGCUUUGACUCUGGCUUUCGAGCCAGCAAGCCAGAGAUGUCCGACAAGAUGUCAAGCUUCUUGCAUAUUGGAGAUAUUUGUUCUUUGUAUGCAGAAGGCUCAACCAAUGGAUUUAUCAGCACUUUGGGACUUGUGGAUGACAGGUGUGUUGUACAGCCAGAAACAGGUGAUCUUAACAACCCUCCUAAAAAGUUCAGAGACUGCCUUUUUAAAUUAUGUCCUAUGAAUCGCUACUCUGCACAGAAGCAGUUUUGGAAAGCUGCUAAACCAGGAGCCAACAGCACAACUGAUGCAGUGUUGCUCAACAAACUACAUCAUGCUGCAGAUUUGGAGAAGAAGCAAAAUGAGACAGAAAAUAAGAAGCUGCUUGGUACGGUUAUCCAAUAUGGCAAUGUUAUCCAGCUUUUGCAUUUAAAAAGCAACAAAUACUUAACAGUAAAUAAAAGACUUCCAGCUCUGCUAGAGAAGAAUGCAAUGAGGGUGACACUGGAUGAAGCUGGCAAUGAGGGCUCCUGGUUCUACAUACAACCAUUCUACAAACUGCGUUCCAUAGGAGAUAGUGUGGUCAUAGGGGACAAAGUGGUUUUGAAUCCUGUUAACGCCGGGCAGCCCCUGCAUGCUAGUAGUCAUCAGCUAGUGGACAAUCCUGGUUGCAAUGAGGUGAACUCGGUGAACUGCAAUACAAGCUGGAAAAUAGUCCUCUUUAUGAAAUGGAGUGAUAAUAAGGAUGAUAUCCUAAAAGGGGGUGAUGUAGUACGGUUGUUCCAUGCAGAGCAGGAAAAGUUUCUGACUUGUGAUGAGCACAGAAAAAAGCAGCAUGUCUUUCUGAGAACCACUGGCAGACAGUCGGCUACCUCUGCAACUAGCUCAAAAGCUCUGUGGGAAGUUGAGGUAGUGCAACAUGACCCUUGUCGGGGUGGAGCAGGAUAUUGGAAUAGCCUUUUUCGAUUCAAGCAUCUUGCUACUGGACACUAUUUGGCAGCAGAGGUAAAUCCUGACUAUGUGGAAGAUUACCAGGAAUGCCAGUCUUCACUAGAUCCAGACCAGGAUGCAGCCAGAAGGGGAUCACAUAAUGCACCAGAAAAGAUGGCAUACUCUUUAGUCUCUGUGCCUGAAGGAAAUGACAUUUCUUCCAUCUUUGAGCUUGAUCCCACUACUUUGCGAGGGGGAGACAGCCUUGUUCCAAGGAACUCCUAUGUCAGACUUAGACAUCUGUGUACGAAUACUUGGGUUCACAGCACCAAUAUCCCCAUUGAUAAAGAAGAAGAAAAGCCUGUGAUGCUUAAAAUUGGCACUUCUCCAGUGAAAGAGGACAAAGAAGCUUUUGCUAUAGUGCCAGUUUCUCCUGCGGAAGUUCGAGACUUGGACUUUGCAAAUGAUGCAAGUAAGGUGUUGGGUUCCAUUGCUGGCAAGCUGGAAAAAGGAACAAUAACCCAGAAUGAAAGGAGGUCUGUUACAAAGUUGCUGGAAGAUUUAGUAUAUUUUGUUACUGGAGGAACCAAUUCUGGUCAAGAUGUACUUGAAGUGAUGUUCUCAAAGCCAAACCGAGAGCGACAAAAGCUAAUGAGAGAGCAAAAUAUUCUGAAACAGAUCUUCAAGCUAUUACAAGCACCUUUUACUGACUGUGGAGAUGGACCGAUGCUGAGACUGGAAGAACUAGGGGACCAACGCCAUGCUCCUUUCAGACACAUUUGCCGGCUCUGUUAUAGAGUGCUGAGACACUCCCAGCAAGACUAUAGGAAGAACCAGGAAUACAUAGCCAAGCAGUUUGGCUUCAUGCAGAAACAAAUUGGCUAUGAUGUUUUAGCAGAAGACACCAUAACAGCAUUGCUGCAUAAUAAUCGUAAACUGUUGGAGAAGCAUAUAACAGCUGCUGAGAUUGAAACCUUUGUUAGCCUUGUAAGAAAAAACAGGGAGCCCAGGUUCUUGGAUUACCUGUCAGACCUUUGUGUGUCCAUGAACAAAUCAAUUCCAGUGACACAGGAGCUGAUUUGUAAAGCUGUGUUAAACCCAGCAAAUGCAGACAUACUCAUUGAAACUAAGCUGGUCCUGUCUCGGUUUGAAUUUGAAGAGUUAUCAUCUGGAGAGAAUACACUGGAGGUUGGUGAGGAUGAAGAAGAAGUCUGGUUAUUCUGGAGAGACAGCAACAAAGAAGUCCGCAGUAAAAGUAUCAGAGAGCUAGCUCAGGAUGCUAAAGAAGGGCAGAAGGAAGACCGGGAUGUACUCAGCUACUACAGAUACCAGCUGAAUCUUUUUGCUAGAAUGUGUCUUGAUCGGCAGUACUUGGCUAUAAAUGAAAUAUCUGGACAGUUGGAUGUAGACCUCAUUCUUCGAUGCAUGUCUGAUGAAAAUUUGCCGUAUGACUUGAGAGCUUCAUUCUGCCGGCUGAUGCUGCACAUGCAUGUUGACCGUGAUCCUCAGGAGCAAGUGACACCAGUGAAAUAUGCCCGAUUGUGGUCAGAAAUACCUUCUGAAAUUGCAAUUAAUGAUUAUGAUAGCAGUGGAACUUCCAAAGAUGAAAUCAAGGAGAGAUUUGCACAAACCAUGGACUUCGUGGAGGAAUAUUUAAGAGAUGUUGUCUGCCAAAGAUUCCCUUUCUCUGAUAAAGAAAAAAAUAAACUCACCUUUGAGGUGGUAAACCUAGCCCGAAACUUGAUAUAUUUUGGCUUCUACAACUUCUGUGACCUUCUAAGACUAACAAAAAUCCUCUUAGCUAUUUUGGACUGUGUACAUGUUGCUACUAUCUUUCCAAUCACUAAAGUAGCCAAAGGAGAAGAAAGUAAAGGGAGCAAUGUGAUGAGAUCUAUCCAUGGAGUUGGAGAGCUGAUGACCCAAGUUGUACUCAGGGGUGGUGGGUUCUUGCCUAUGACGCCACUGGCUGCUGCUCCGGAAGGUAACGUGAAGCAAGUUGAACCUGAGAAAGAGGAUAUCUUGGUAAUGGACACGAAACUGAAAAUCAUUGAAAUCCUUCAGUUUAUUUUGAAUGUGAGAUUGGAUUACAGAAUUUCAUGCCUCCUGUGUAUAUUUAAACGAGAGUUUGAUGAAAGCAAUGCACAGACACCAGAUUCACCAACAGGAAAUAAUAGUCCAGAAAUGCCCAAUGUACCAGGAGCCCUUGACUUUGAACAUAUUGAAGAACAAGCUGAGGGGAUAUUUGGAGGCAGUGAAGAGAAUACACCUCUAGAUUUGGAUGAUCAUGGUGGCAGAACCUUUCUUAGAGUGUUGCUCCAUUUAACAAUGCACGAUUACCCUCCACUGGUAUCUGGGGCCCUUCAGCUACUCUUCAGACACUUUAGUCAGAGGCAAGAAGUCCUUCAGGCCUUUAAGCAGGUUCAACUACUUGUUACCAGCCAAGAUGUUGACAACUACAAGCAGAUAAAACAAGAUUUGGAUCAGCUGAGAUCAAUUGUGGAAAAAUCAGAACUCUGGGUGUACAAAGGCCAGGGGCCUGAUGAAACAAUGGAUGUAACAACUGGAGAGAAUGAACAUAAGAAAAAGGAGGAAGGCCACAGCAAAUCCCGGAAACCUGAAAGCACUAGUAGCUAUAAUUACAGGGUGGUAAAAGAGAUUUUGCUUCGACUUAGCAAACUUUGUGUCCAAGAGAGUAUCUUGGUCAGGAAGAGCCGAAAACAGCAGCAGAGGUUGCUCCGAAAUAUGGGAGCUCACACCGUGGUACUGGAGCUUUUACAAAUCCCAUAUGAGAAAGCUGAAGAUACAAGGAUGCAGGAGAUCAUGAAACUUGCCCAUGAGUUUCUACAGAACUUUUGUGCUGGCAACCAACAGAACCAGGCUUUACUUCACAAGCACAUAAAUCUGUUUCUCAAUCCUGGGAUCCUGGAGGCAGUGACAAUGCAGCAUAUUUUCAUGAAUAAUUUCCAGCUUUGCAGUGAGAUUAAUGAGAGAGUGGUUCAGCACUUUGUGCACUGCAUCGAAACACAUGGCAGGAAUGUCCAGUACAUUAAAUUCCUACAGACAAUUGUGAAGGCGGAAGGAAAGUUCAUAAAAAAGUGUCAGGACAUGGUCAUGGCUGAGCUGGUCAAUGCAGGGGAAGAUGUCCUUGUGUUCUACAAUGAUAGAGCGUCUUUCCAAACAUUAGUGCAGAUGAUGCGAUCUGAAAGGGACAGGAUGGAUGAAAACAGUGCUCUGAUGUAUCAUAUCCAUUUAGUAGAACUUCUGGCUGUUUGCACUGAGGGCAAAAAUGUCUACACAGAAAUCAAGUGCAACUCUCUCCUCCCUUUGGAUGACAUUGUUAGGGUUGUAACCCAUGAAGAUUGCAUACCAGAGGUUAAAAUUGCCUAUAUCAACUUUCUAAAUCAUUGCUAUGUAGAUACAGAAGUUGAAAUGAAAGAGAUUUAUACAAGCAACCACAUGUGGAAGCUAUUUGAGAACUUCCUUGUUGAUAUCUGUAGGACUUGCAAUAACACCAGUGAUAGGAAGCAUGCAGAUUCUGUAUUGGAGAAGUACGUGACUGAAAUAGUUAUGAGUAUAGUUACUACUUUCUUCAGCUCCCCAUUUUCAGAUCAGAGUACAACUUUGCAGACUCGUCAACCUGUAUUUGUACAACUCUUGCAAGGUGUGUUCAGAGUGUACCACUGCAACUGGCUCAUGCCUAGCCAGAAGGCGUCGGUGGAAAGCUGUAUCAGAGUACUUUCAGAUGUAGCAAAGAGCAGAGCAAUCGCUAUCCCAGUUGACCUCGACAGCCAAGUCAACAACCUCUUCCUGAAAUCCCAUAACAUAGUGCAAAAAACAGCAAUGAACUGGAGGAUGACAGCAAGGAACGCAGCUCGAAGAGAUUCUGUGAUGGCUGCUUCGAGGGAUUAUCGUAACAUCAUUGAGAGAUUGCAGGAUAUUGUGUCAGCUUUGGAAGAUCGCUUACGUCCACUUGUCCAAGCAGAAUUAUCUGUAUUGGUGGAUGUCCUUCAUAGACCAGAGCUUCUCUUCCCAGAGAAUACAGAUGCAAGAAGGAAAUGUGAAAGUGGAGGUUUUAUUUGCAAGUUAAUUAAACACACUAAACAGCUGCUGGAAGAGAAUGAGGAGAAACUUUGUAUUAAAGUAUUACAGACACUCAGGGAGAUGAUGACCAAAGACAGAGGCUAUGGAGAGAAGAUGUUUGCACUUGGUGAAUUGGAUAAUGCUGAGCUGCCACAAUCACGAGAAAUGGAAAGCUCUAUAGAGGAGCUUGAUCAAAGUCUACCAGAGAGGCAGCUUGAAGAUCAAAAAAGGGGUGAGGCACUCAGACUAGUUUUGGUCAACCGUUACUAUGGCAACAUCAGAAGUGCAGGAAGAAGAGAGAGCCUUACCAGCUUUGGCAAUGGCCCAUUAUCUCCAGGAGGCCCUAGCAAAGCCGGGGGAGGAGGAGGCGGGUCUGGUUCCAGCUCGGCAAAUCGUGGUGAAAUGAGUUUGGCAGAAGUUCAGUGUCAUCUCGAUAAGGAAGGUGCAUCCAACCUGGUCAUAGACCUCAUCAUGAAUGCCACCAGUGACAGAGUUUUUCAUGAAAGCAUCCUGCUGGCUAUUGCCCUGCUGGAAGGCGGUAACACUAUUAUACAGGUAGGAGAAAUAUUGCUUCACUUUUAUUGGGCAGUAGAGAACUUAUCAGGACCCUCCACCAAACUGUUCUACUCGGAAGCAAAAAAAUUCUUCAAAGUUUUUUAUGAUCGCAUGAAAGUCGCUCAGCAAGAAAUCAAGGCUACAGUCACAGUUAACACCAGUGACCUAGGAAAUAAAAAGAAAGAUGACGACUCGGACAGGGAUGUACCAGCCAGGAAAAGAGCACUAAGGGAGCCUAUGACCCAGAUAACAGAGGAAGCAAGAGAUCAGUUGGUUGAGGCAUCUUGUGCCACGAGAAAGGCAUAUAACACUUACAGGAGGGAAGCUGAUCCUGACGACCAUUAUUCAACUGCAGAUGGAGCACCAACUACAGCAGACAAAAAUAAAGAUGAAUUGGAGAUGAGUGUUGUUAUCACAAUAAUGCAGCCCAUCCUGCGUUUCUUGCAGUUGCUGUGUGAAAAUCACAAUCGGGACCUGCAGAACUUUCUACGUUGCCAAAACAACAAGACUAAUUACAAUUUAGUGUGUGAAACACUGCAGUUUUUGGACUGCAUUUGUGGAAGCACAACUGGAGGACUUGGACUUCUUGGGCUGUACAUUAAUGAGAAAAAUGUAGCACUAAUCAACCAGACACUGGAAAGUUUGACAGAAUACUGCCAAGGACCCUGCCAUGAAAACCAGAACUGCAUUGCAACUCAUGAAUCUAAUGGCAUUGAUAUAAUUACAGCAUUAAUUCUCAAUGAUAUCAACCCACUGGGAAAGAAGCGGAUGGAUCUUGUAUUAGAACUGAAGAACAAUGCUUCUAAGUUACUAUUGGCAAUAAUGGAAAGUAGGCAUGACAGUGAGAAUGCAGAAAGGAUCCUUUAUAACAUGAGACCAAAAGAACUGGUAGAAGUAAUUAAGAAGGCUUAUCUGCAAGGUGAGGUUGAGUUUGAGGAUGGAGAGAAUGGCGAAGACCUUGCUGCAUCACCUAGAAAUGUGGGGCAUAAUAUUUACAUAUUAGCCCAUCAGCUUGCUCGUCAUAACAAGGAAUUGCAGAACAUGUUGAAGCCUGGAGGCCAAAUAGAUGGAGAUGAAGCUUUGGAGUUCUAUGCCAAGCACACAGCUCAAAUUGAGAUUGUUAGAUCGGAUCGUACUAUGGAGCAAAUAGUCUUCCCUGUGCCUAGUAUAUGUGAGUUCCUCACCAAGGAAUCAAAACUACGAAUCUACUAUACCACUGAGAGGGAUGAACAAGGCAGUAAGAUAAAUGACUUCUUUAUGAGAUCAGAAGAUCUUUUCAAUGAAAUGAACUGGCAGAAGAAACUAAGAGCUCAGCAUAUAUUAUACUGGUGCUCCCGCAACAUGUCCUUCUGGAGCAGCAUUUCAUUCAAUCUUGCAGUCCUUAUGAAUUUAUUGGUUGCAUUUUUCUAUCCGUUUAAAGGCGUCAAAGGAGGUACGCUGGAGCCCCACUUGUCAGGGUUACUCUGGACAGCCAUGCUGAUAUCACUUGCUAUAGUUAUUGCCUUACCUAAACCCCAUGGCAUUAGAGCUUUAAUAGCUUCGACAAUAUUGAGGUUAAUAUUUUCAGUAGGCCUACAGCCAACAUUAUUUCUUCUAGGGGCUUUCAAUGUUUGUAACAAAAUAAUAUUUCUGAUGAGUUUUGUUGGUAACUGUGGAACAUUCACUAGAGGAUACAAAGCCAUGAUCAUGGAUGUGGAAUUCCUUUAUCAUCUACUCUACCUUCUAAUCUGUGCAAUGGGGCUUUUUGUUCAUGAAUUUUUUUACAGUUUGCUGCUUUUUGACUUGGUGUACAGAGAGGAGACCUUGCUGAAUGUCAUUAAAAGUGUUACUCGCAAUGGACGUUCCAUCAUCCUGACUGCUGUUCUUGCUCUUAUCUUGGUUUACCUGUUUUCGAUAGUGGGCUACCUGUUCUUCAAAGAUGACUUUAUCUUGGAAGUAGAUAAACUACCUAAUGAGACGUUAUUGCCAGAUCAGCACACUGAAACUGGUGAAGCAAUGACCAGUGAGUUCCUGUAUUCUAAUGUAUGCAGAAUAGGCAGCAGUGAAAACUGUUCUUCUGUUGUUCCUUCCACAGAGCUGUUUUCCGAAGAAGCAGAAGAAGAGGAUAAAGAACAUACAUGUGAGACGUUGCUGAUGUGCAUUGUCACUGUGCUUAGUCAUGGCCUGCGGAGCGGGGGCGGCGUAGGAGAUGUGCUCAGGAAACCAUCCAAGGAGGAACCUCUUUUUGCUGCAAGAGUGAUCUAUGAUCUCCUGUUCUUCUUCAUGGUGAUUAUUAUUGUCCUCAAUCUGAUUUUUGGAGUUAUUAUUGAUACCUUUGCUGAUCUCAGGAGUGAGAAACAGAAGAAAGAAGAAAUUUUGAAAACAACUUGCUUCAUUUGUGGCCUGGAAAGAGACAAGUUUGAUAACAAGACAGUCACUUUUGAAGAGCAUAUUAAAGAGGAGCACAAUAUGUGGCACUACUUAUUCUUCAUUGUAUUAGUAAAAGUAAAAGAUUCCACAGAAUAUACAGGUCCUGAAAGCUAUGUGGCAGAAAUGAUAAAGGAGAGAAAUUUGGAUUGGUUCCCUCGGAUGCGUGCUAUGUCUCUCGUGAGUAGUGACUCUGAAGGAGAACAGAAUGAACUUAGAAACUUACAAGAGAAACUUGAAUCUACCAUGAAGCUGGUCUCCAAUCUUUCUAGUCAGCUGUCUGAGCUGAAAGAUCAGAUGACAGAGCAGAGGAAGCAAAAACAGCGAAUUGGUCUUCUAGGACAUCCUCCUUCUAUCAAUGUGAACCCACAGCAACCAGCAUAAAUCGGAUGGGUGGUUUGUUUCCCCACUGCAUAACAAGAGUUGAGAUUCAACCCUUAAAGCUGCUUCUAUGUAUUCCUAGCUCAUGUAAAUAAACCUGGUUUUUAUACAGAAUGUAUAGGACUGCUAUGAGAAGGUAUGGGCAUAUAUAUAUAGGCACAUCAUUGGAGGGUGGGGGGAAUAACAAUUGUGUCUCUCAAAAUGCCUUUGUAUAGGAAGAAGCUAAGGGCACACCUAACUUGCACUUGAAAAGGUUACUGACUGAAAUACCAUGUGACCUAUAUUUUGUAUUUAAAAACUUCAGAUAGCUAAUAUUUAUGUUUUUAUACAGUUGUGCAAUAUGACUUAUGCAAUCACACUAUACUUGCUACUUAACUCGUGUGUGUCCUAAAGGGACUGCACAUCUUUGAACCUGGUGUUGUCUUCUGUCAUGUACUGAAUGGCAUCAAAUGACAGCUAAGCAAGGUUGCUGCCAAACUGUUCCCAGUGAGGUUUCAUUCUCCAGGGCAUUUUUGUAACUUAUAGCAUUCCUUUAAAAAAUGACACAUCAUGGCAGUAGUGCUGCCACUUCCCUGACAAACAUUUUUCAUGAUCUGGUUUUUGUUUAAACAAAAAAAUCAAAAGUAAACACGCAAAAACACUGUUAAACUUGCUUUUAAUGAUCCAUUCCUGCACAUUUUUGGCAUGCAUUUUGGUUGACAGUCCCAUAAGUCCCAAGAGCUGUGGAAGAAGCUCGAGCAUUCAUUUAUGAAAAAGUAAGAGGGGAACUUUUCUUCAUUAUGGAAAAUUAAAACUCCAGUGGUUCCACACUAUUUGUGGAAUAGUUUUGCGUUUCUUUAUGGUGCCAUAUUGAUUUAGGACCUGGAAGGGUUUCUAGAGUCAGCCACCUCAGUGUAGCAUUUAUACAUUUCUUGUUUUGACAGAAGUACAUUUUCCUCAAUUAUGCAUUGUACCAACUGAACUAUGAACUAUGCUUUUUAGGACUCCUAGCUGAGCACUGAUUUUGUAAUACUUGCGAAAGAGCCAGUGGUUUUGGAUUGUGUGUCAGUUUUCCUUCCAUCUUAAUCACAUUUUUGUUGUUCCUGAUAUCUGAAAAAUUAUAUAUAUAUAUAUAUAUAUAUAUAUAAAUAUAUAUAUAAAUAUAUGUCACCUAGUUUUGUAUAUGGUCCUCAUUUUACGGAAGUUAAUUCUUUGCUUUGAAAAAGAAGCUGAGAGCUAAAGAGAGCUUAUUAAAGUUUGUAAAUGCAUAAAGAUAUUUAAAUAAAUGAUAGAAUAAUAAUGUACAGUG